GGAGCUGCCCACGUCAGGCUAGAAAUAAAAAAACACGCAGUUACAGAUGACUACAAACUCUCCAAACGGGUGCUAGGCUUGGGCAUUAAUGGCAAAGUAAUGGAGUGUUUUAACAAGGUGACAGGGCAGAAAUGUGCUUUAAAGUUGUCAUAUCGUCACUUACAUGGUCAAGUUUGGCACUAGAGAAUACAACUGGGCUGGGCUGCUGGCCAGAAGUGGGGAAAGGAGAAGGUAUAUCAAUCAUUUUGUGUCAAGAUACCUUGCAAAGGCUUUGUGAGAAGCUCCUGUAUGACAGCCCAAAAGCCCGACAGGAGGUGGAGUAUCACUGGCGAGCUUCAGGGUGUCUGCACAUUGUCCACAUUCUAGACGUUUAUGAGAACAUACAUCAUGGGAAAAGAUGCCUCCUCAUCAUAAUGGAAUGCAUGGAGGGAGGGGAGCUGUUCAAUAGGAUCCAGGAACGAGGAGACCAAGCUUUCACAGAGAGAGAGGCCUCUGAAAUAAUGAAAGACAUCGGAACAGCCAUCCAGUAUCUGCAUGCAAUGAACAUUGCCCAUAGAGAUGUCAAGCCUGAAAACCUGCUUUACACAUCCAAAGAAAAAGACGCAGUACUCAAGCUCACAGACUUUGGGUUUGCCAAAGAAACUACCAUACAGAAUGCACUGCAGACCCCCUGUUACACUCCAUAUUAUGUUGCCCCAGAAGUUCUUGGCCCUGAGAAAUAUGACAAAUCAUGUGACAUGUGGUCCCUUGGUGUCAUCACAUACAUUCUCUUGUGUGGGUUUCCUCCCUUCUACUCUAACACUGGACAGGCCAUUUCCCCAGGAAUGAAGCGGAGAAUUCGGAUGGGGCAGUAUGGAUUUCCCAAUCCAGAGUGGUCUGAAGUAUCGGAAGAAGCCAAGCAGAUGAUCCGUCUCUUGCUGAAAACAGACCCAACUGAGAGGAUGACAAUUUCUCAGUUUACAAACCAUCCCUGGAUUAAUCAAUCAAUGAUGGUGCCACCAACCCCUCUUCAUACUGCACGAGUUCUGCAAGAGGAUAAAGACCACUGGGAUGAAGUGAAGGAGGAGAUGACUAGUGCUUUGGCUACCAUGAGAGUGGACUAUGAUCAAGUGAAAAUCAAAGACUUGAAAGUGUCCAGCAACCGCCUCCUCAACAAACGCCGCAAGAAACUGAAACAGGCAGGCACCUCCUCCGCAGCCCCAGGAUGCAACAACCAGUAAAGAAGAGAAGAUGAGGGAUUUGAGGUUGGAAAGCUAAAUUUAUAAGGAACAAAUUAAAAUGAGGAGGAUCAGCUCGCUCUACUGGCUUGACAAGGAAGAUGGUGCUCAAAGAUGCAACAGUGAAAAGAUUACAUCAUACUAGAACUUUUUUCUGGGUUUUGCUCUUAAAGGGGAUUUUUGUCUGUUAUAUUUUCCAGAGAACAAUUCUGCAAAAAUUCUUGAAUGUUGAUGCAGCUUCACUUGUUUUGGGGGAGGAAAAGGAGGCAGUCUUUGAGUUCUAGUGCAUGAGGGCUUUUAUCACAGCCUGCAAGAGUGACUUCUAUUGUGGUUUCAAGUUUCUGCAAAUAGAAACACCAAACAUGUGCUGCGAGAAGAUUUCAGAAAUUGAAGCAUGAGCAGGGAGAAAGGAGAAAAAUGGCACCAUUUUUAUUUUUUUUUAAUCCAAACUGUAGUCUCAGGUCUUGUUUUUGCUGGUGCACCUGAAUGGCAGUUCUUCCUAGCAUUGGUAAGAAGAGUGAUUAUUUCUAGAUUUAAUUCCUAUAAUCUUCUGAACAGGGGAGCAUUGUCCAUGAUUUACGGGUGGGGCGGGAAAUGUCCUGUGUAGCUAAGGGAUAGACUAUGAGCUUCUCCUUGAACUACCAUAUCCAUGGAGGCAUUUGGUAUUCUUUGAAACUCAGGUUUUGUCGCACUUUCUAGUUUAAUAGAUUGUUCAUUUUCUAAACUCUCUCCUUGAUGUCAUGUCUGCACCAUUGGCAGAUCCCUUCCCUGUAGACUCUUAGUCUACAUCAAUAUCUUACCUAAAACUAUGUAGCAGCCUGAGAAAAAUAUCUCUGUUCUUUUCAGGUUUGUUCCUUUCCUGUGCACACACCCUAUAACUGUUGCAUACAAUACUCUGCUUUGAAAAAAAACACAACAACCUUCUUAAAUCCAGAAAACAAUGGCAAGAGUGGUGUUCUCUUCAGGGAAUCCUAUUGGCUGACAAUAUCCAGGCUGAUUGUUACAUUCAGGACUUGUAUCCCAUGUACAAUGCUCAUUUCUGCCAAAUUAUUUUUGCCAUUUUACAUGCAGUGUGUUGACAAAUACAUUGACCCAUUCUGAUAGUGCAAAAUGUAAACCUGUUAACAUGACAGCAUUCCUGAGCAAUAACCCACAUGGAUGUAUGUCUUUUGACUUUUUUCCUCCUAUUUAAAGGUGUUCUUGCUGUGGUUUGUUCAUUUGUCCUAUUCUAUGAUUGCCAUAUUUCCUCUUUCUUGUAUUAUGGAUUCUAACUUAGGUGAAGAAAAUAUUGUUGACAAUAUUACAAGCAUUUUGGGUGAAUUGAAAUGCUUCCAGCGGUGCAAAUAAAUAUUCAUGGUGUAACACAUGGGAGAUGGAGGGCUAAAAGACUCAAGCAGAAGACUGACAUGAUGCAGUAAAUGUAACAGAUGUGCCAAAGAGAGUUCUAAUCUUCUAAUCCAGUUUCAGUACCUGAUAGCCACACUGAACUUGCAGCCUCUUUACCAAAGAUCUGCUUGAUGCUUUGGACCCAACACAUGGGCUCUGGUCUCACGCACAACAAAUCAGACACAAUUACAAGCUAUCUACCUUUCUUUGUGAAAUAUUCCUGAGGUUUUACAAAACGGUUUUAAUAAAUCAUGUU